AUGUUUGAUGUAGAUUUUUGCAAAAGUGAAGAAUCUUUCCAAGAUCAUGUCAGCGAAGGAGACAUGGGGCAGACCUCUCUUUCAUUCAAUAGAUGUACAGAUUCAAUGGAGGAGACCUCUCUUCCAUUGAAUGGAUGUACAGAUUCAAUGGGGCAGACCUCUUUUCCAUUGAAUGGAUACACUGAUUCAAUGGGGGAGACCUCCCUUCCAUUGAAUGGAUGGACAGACCCCAUUACCUCUCUUUCUUUCACUGGAUGUAUAGAUUCAAUGGGGCAGAACUCUCUUUCAUUCAAUGGAUGUACAGAUUCAAUGGGGCAGACCAAUCUUUCAUUCAAUGGAUGUACAGAGUCAAUGGGGCAUACCAAUCUUUCAUUGAAUGGAUGUACAGAUUCAAUAGUAGUAACCGAUUCUAUGCUAUCUUCUACAUGCUCAGAUUCAGAAACAUUGUUGCCUUAUUUUGAUGGGCCUAAUUAUCCCCAUAGUCAGCAAUUUGAAACGGUCAACAGGGAACAAAUAACUUGGGCACCUCAGGAGGAUAACAGUUUCUUCACCCUUUCACAAAUGCCUGCCACGUUAGAUUCCUAUGCAUAUGAAGCAUGUCAGAUUGGGUUUCCCAGUGAUGAACUGACUGUAUUUGACAACAGUCAAAACCAUCUUAACCUUCAUGAUCUUGCAUUUCCUGGGACAAAUUUUAAGGACGGUGGAGCUGAGGAAAAUAUGGUGUUUCCCACCCUGGAGGAGACACUAGGAGUUGCAGAUUACAAUUUUGGAGGAUCCUAUGAAGGGUUUCAACAACUUUAUGAUCCUUUGUGGUUUAAUAACCUGUUGUGCCAGCAGGUCAUUCCAUUCACUGAAGAACUUCAUGUCAACUCCAGUCAGCCUGAUUCAGACAGAGUGGAUCAUAUUGAUCAAGAGACAUUUGCUAAGAAUUGUUUAGUGCUAUCAGACGAUGAAGCUGACAUAUUGCCUGCAUUAGUAAACCAGGAAGUGAGCAAAAAGAAGAAUGUUACCCUGGUUCUUGACUUGGAUGAAACCUUGAUCCACUCUUCCUUUGGGCAAUGCGAUGCUGACUUCACAUUUCAAAUUAUCACUGAUAGGGUGGCCACUGUGUAUGUAAGAAAGAGACCCUUUCUCCAAGAAUUUUUGGCGAAAGUUUCUGAGAUGUUUGAAGUCAUCAUUUUUACAGCUAGUCAAAGCACAUAUGCUGCAAAAUUGCUGGAUGUUCUUGAUCCUGAUAAUAAGCUCUUCAUGCGACGCAUGUACCGAGAAUCGUGCACCUGGAAUGAUCGCCGCUGCGUCAAGGAUCUGACAGUUCUUGGAAUUGACCUGGCAAAAGUGUUCAUAAUUGACAACACUCCAGAGGUAUUUAGACUUCAAGUUAACAAUGGGAUUCCAAUCAAAAGUUGGUACAAUGACCCUACUGACUGUGCUCUGCUUGCCCUGCUCCCAUUCUUGGAAAAACUUGUUGAUGUGGAUGAUGUAAGGCCAAUCAUUGCACAAGAAUUUGGGGCAAAGGAAGCAAUAGAUAGCACUAAUAUUAGGAAUCUUGAUCCCCUUACAAGUUACCCUAAACCCCAACGCUCCCUUCCUCACCCUUCGCCUAGAUCGAGUCAGAGGCUGAAGUUAUUACUAAUGGCUUUGAGGGUUAUAGCAGUUUCGGCUGUUUCUACAGUAUUAAGCUUUGUGGGUCUUCAGUUUUGCACAGACUUUUCUUUGGAUAAAGUUAGAUCAGAUGGACUAAUAGGCUGGAAUUUAAUUCACUUGGAUAAUGCCAGCCAAGACAUUGAGUUGCCUUUGGGUUUGUACACCACCAUAGGGUUACUGGUGAAUUGCACGGUUAAUUUAUUUGUGCUUCUCAAUCUUUGUAUCAAGGCUAGGUUGUCCAUGGCUGUGUUUUUCACAGAGUUAUAUGCUUCUGAAACUCGUAAACUGAUUGAGCGUCUUGUUAAUUAUAUCAUUUACAAGGGGACAUUUCUACCACUAAUUGUGCCACCAACAAUUUAUCAAGCAGGUCUUUGGUCAACUUGGUUGGCUGUGCUUUGUUCUCUGAAGAUGUUUCAAGCUCUAGCUAGAGAUCGUUUGGAACGGCUGAAUGCAUCUCCUUCUGCUACACCCUGGACGUAUCUUCGUGUAUACUCAGCAUUGUUAUCUGUUUUCGCAGUUGAUGUUAUCUGGAUAAGGUUUUGUCUGACAAUAUAUGGAACACACGGGUCCCCUAUGUAUCUGUUAUUAUUCUUUGAGCCUUUCAGUAUUGCUUUUGAGACCCUACAGGCCAUUUUAGUACAUGGAUUUCAGUUGCUUGACAUAUGGUUGCAUCAUUCAGCUUGCAAUAGCAGUGAUUUCCGAACACCUAAACUGCUUGACACAUUAACUGCAGGUUCAUUGUUAGAAUGGAAGGGAGUUCUUAUUCGGAACUUGGGGUUUUUCCUCGACAUGGCAACAUUUUUUAUGGCACUUGGCCAUUACUUGUAUAUAUGGAGGCUUCAUGGCAUGGCUUUCCAUCUUGUAGAUGCCGUGCUAUUUCUAAAUAUACGUGCAUUGCUUAGUGCAAUCGUAAAUCGCAUUAAAGGCUUUAUCAAGCUAAGAUUAGCCCUGGGAACACUUCACGCAGCUCUCCCUGAUGCAACAACUGAGGAGCUAAGGGCAUAUGAUGAUGAAUGUGCUAUUUGUAGAGAACCAAUGGCUAAGGCUAAAAAACUAAACUGCAAACAUCUCUUCCAUCUUGCAUGUUUGAGAUCUUGGUUGGAUCAAGGCCUGACUGAGAUGUAUACUUGUCCAACUUGUCGAAAGCCACUUUUUGCAGGUGUGCCUGAAAAUGAAGCAAGUUCCGAUGCUGGGACUAUAUCUAGUGAUGAACAGCUUGCACGCCAAAUUAGUGCUGGAUUGGAUCGGCCAAACCCUGCUAGACAUACCAUGCCUACCGGAUUGUAUCCAAAUCAGGCACUAAACACUCCUGAAGGAGUUCAUUGGAGGGGUGCAGGGCUGGACUCAGGUUGGUUGCAUCCUUGGCCAAAUCAAGGUGUUGACGGGGCUGGUCCUUCUACUGCUAUCAGAACAGUGGGAUUGGGAAGAGUUCAAAUGAUGAUGAGGCAUCUUGCAUCUGUUGGAGAAACCUAUGCUCAGACUGCCUUUGAAGAUUCUUCUUGGAACCUUUGGCCCAUUAAUCCCUCUCAGGCUUCUGCAAGUGCUUCAACCAUUCCUCAUCCGGGUGGAAGACCACCAGUACGAACUGGUAGUUUACAUUUAAGGACUGCUUCACAGCCUUCAAAUGAUAAUGUCGUGAAUAUACUUGCUAUGGCUGAGACUGUUCGGGAGGUUCUACCUCAUAUUCCAGAUGACAUGAUAUUCCAGGACUUGCAAAGGACAAAUUCAGUCAUGGUUACUGUGAAUAAUCUUCUCCAAAUGUGA